UGGAGCUGGUGCUUCCUGCCAGGCUCUUCUUUCUUCUUCCCUCCUCCUCCUCCUCCUCGGCUUCACCAUGAUGUCCAUGAACAGCAAGCAGGCCUUCAGCAUGCACCCCAUGCUGCACGAGCCCAAGUACACCCACCUGCACUCCAGCUCCGAGGCCCUCCGGAGGGCUUGCUUGCCCGCCCCGCAGCUGCAGGGCAACUUCUUCGCGGGCCUGGACGAGAGCCUUCUUCGCGGGGCGGAGGCCUUGGCGGCGGUGGACAUGCUUCCCCCGAAGAGCCACCCUUUCAAGCCGGACGCCACCUACCACACCAUGAGCAGCGUCUCCGUGGCCUGCGCGCCCACCUCCUCCUCGGUCCACUUGCACCACCCGUCGGUGCUGAGCGGGCACGGGCACCACCCCCACGCCCACCACCACCCCCCGCCGCCGUCCUCCUCCUCCUCGUCGGCGCAGGGCUUGGAGAGCGAGCUGCUGGAACACCUCAACGCCGCGCUGCCGCUGGCCGAAGUGGCUUCCGCGCCGGGGCACCCCCACGCGCACGCUCACCUUCCCCCGGGGUUGAGCGCCCUGGGCCACGCGCAGCCCCCGCUGGGCUUGUCCCACAACCCGCACCCGCACCCCCAGCACCCGCACCCGCACCCGCACCCCUUGCCUCCCCCGCCCGGGCUGGAAGCCGAGACGGACCCGCGCGAGUUGGAGUCCUUCGCCGAGCGCUUCAAGCAGCGGCGCAUCAAGCUCGGCGUGACCCAAGCCGACGUGGGCUCGGCGCUCGCCAACCUCAAGAUCCCCGGCGUGGGCUGCCUCAGCCAGAGCACCAUCUGCCGCUUCGAGUCGCUGACGCUCUCGCAUAACAACAUGGUGGCCCUCAAGCCCAUCCUCGAGGCCUGGCUGGAAGAGGCCGAGCGCGCGCAGAGGGAGAAGCUAGCCAAGCCCGAGGGCUACCCGUCCGGGGACAAGAAGCGGAAGCGCACCUCCAUCGCCGCCCCCGAGAAGCGCUCCCUCGAGGCCUACUUCGCCGUCCAGCCGCGGCCCUCGUCGGAGAAGAUCGCCGCCAUCGCCGAGAAGCUGGACCUCAAGAAGAACGUGGUGCGGGUCUGGUUCUGCAACCAGAGACAGAAACAGAAGCGCAUGAAGUUCUCCGCCGCUUAUUGAAAGGGAGGGGGCUUUCAAUAAGAAGGGGGGCUUUCGGACGUCACAUCGGACUU